CCUGUGUUUACAUCCUCUCCUCAGCUGUUUCUUUCUUCUUCCACUUCGACACAGCGGCUCGCCGUGACUACACUCUACCUUUUUACCACAACCAGUUGCUAACUGGUUAGUUUGUCCAGUUAACCAGCAGUUAGCCUCUACCGGGAGGCAUCUAACGGCUGAAAGUCACCGACCGUCGCAUUGCACACAGCAUCCAGUUACAAGGGAAGAGUUAAUGCGACACGGCAUUGUCACUUGCUGCCCGGACAUGACCGCAGUCUGAGCUGACGCUUGAGGAGUCACAGCGGCAGCAUCCUUCAGGUCAGCCGUUCAUCUCCAUGCCACUUUGAGGAGGAAUCACUCAUCCUGAGUACAAGUUCGCCCCGUGUUUCUCUUCUCUUUUCACCAUGGGGGGAGCAGUGAGCGCUGGGGAGGACAAUGACGACCUCAUUGAUAAUCUCAAAGAGGCCCAGUAUAUUCGCACAGAAAAAGUUGAACAGGCUUUUCGGGCCAUAGACCGCGGUGACUACUAUCUGGACGGCUAUCGGGACAGUGCCUACAAAGACUUGGCGUGGAAACAUGGCAACAUCCACCUUUCUGCUCCGUGUAUAUACUCUGAGGUGAUGGAGGCUCUCAAACUGCAGCCUGGACUUUCUUUCCUCAAUCUGGGCAGCGGAACUGGCUACCUGAGCACAAUGGUGGGCCUUAUCAUCGGGCCAUUUGGUGUGAACCAUGGAGUUGAGCUCCAUAAGGACGUGGUAGAAUACGCCAGAGAGAAACUUGAUGAUUUCACAAAGAAUAGUGACAGCUUUGAUAAGUUCGAGUUCUGUGAACCCGUCUUUGUGGUGGGGAAUUGCCUUGAAAUCUCAACAGACAGUCACCAAUACGAUCGCAUCUACUGUGGCGCCGGAGUGCAGAAAGACCAUGAAAAUUACAUGAAAGUGCUGCUCAAAAUUGGAGGCAUUCUAGUGAUGCCUAUAGAGGAUCAGCUGACCCAGAUAACCAGGACUGGCCAGUGCACAUGGGAGAGCAAAAACAUCUUGGCGGUGUCCUUUGCCCCCUUGCUCCCGCAGAGCAGAGCUGAUGGAGAGAAGCCUGACGCUGUCCAGCUGCCCCCGGUGACUGUCCGCAGCCUUCAGGAUCUGUCUCGGAUCUACAUACGCCGCACUCUGAGAAACCUGGCCAACGAGGACAGUCAGGGGAAGGGGAUGGUGCAAAGAGUUCCCCAGAAGCGCAAACGCAGGCGCUGCCGGCGGCGACGCAUCAACACCUACGUUUUUGUAGGCAACCAGCUGAUCCCCCAAAUGGUGGAGAGCGAGGAAGAGGAGCACGCUGAGGAGGAACGCAAGGAAGUGGAGGAAGAGGAGGAAAGGGACAUUGGCGACAUUGAAAUCCUCAAGCAAGUGAACGUGUUGAGAGACCAAAUAAUGGCUUUACCGCUGCCAGAGUCACUGAAAGCAUAUUUGCUGUAUUACAGAGAGAAAUGACUGAUUAACUCGACAUCCACUCUUAAUGGGUGCAGCGCCUGCUGAAAUGCUUUUCCUCACUCUUUUCAGUACAAAUGUAGCAUUAUUUCCAUUAAAUCUUGAUGACAAAACUGUAAAGGAAAACAACGUCAUAGAUAAUAUUGGAUAAUAAUGUUAUGAUUGUCAUGGAUUGUUAGAUUUUGUUGACAUUUUCUUUUGAUUUGUAUAUUAAAAAAAACAAUGUAAAAAUAUACUAAAUGGACAUAGUUUCAGAAACCCAUUUUGAGAUUCAGAUUUUAUCACAAUGUCAGGAUUUCUGCAGAAAUGAGCAGAUUACAAAUUGUAUUUAAAAAAAAAAAAAGUUCUUUAUUAUAUUUGUUAAAAUAUGAUCAUGCUAAGAUGAAUACUUUUAUUGCAGCUUUUUUAGAAGCUUUAACUUACUGUCAGUGUCUGGUGAUUUAAUGAUCACCAAAAAAAUAACAGACAUUGAAAGGCAAAUAAGGCCACAUCCUCCCAUUUUGAGUCAAAGAGUAAGACAUUGUUGCUGAAUCAUGAACGGGGAACUUAUGUCAUUACUCCUCCAUGUUUUUUACCUUCCUAUUACAAGAGAUCACUGAGAGACUAGAUUGGUUCAUCAUUUUUUCUACAGAGGACCUUUUGAUGUAACUUUUUUCUACAGGGUGCUUACAUACUUGUUUCCUCACUUUGAGUAGCGGACAUCCUCCUCGGUAUGAUAAGGUGUUGUAGGCUCUCUCCUCUCCGUGAUUUCCCUCAUUGUUGAUGCAAAUAUUACAUGAGUUUAAUUAAUCAUAUCAGAGGAAUAAUGAUAAAACCGAUGGGUGUUCAGUGGUGGUUCACAUUUUUAAGCUUUGUUUUAGAAGGUAACAGGGAGAUGUUAGUCAAUAAUGCAUGAAUAUAAUGUAUAUAUGUUGGGUGUUCCUGACUUUACUUCACAUCUUAUGAUUGGUCACUGGAGGUGAUGUCCCAAGUGAUCGGAAAUGUUUCAACAAAAAUGAUUUAAAGAAUAAUCAUCAAUUUGAUGGCCUUGAGACAAAUCUUAAAUUCUGUAUAGUGCUGCUUUUGUUUUUUAUUGACAGCAAUGCAUUUCAGAAUCGCUGAGGAUUUUGAAGCCUUUUGUAUCCUGGACUGUAGAAGCGUCCAACAAAGCACCUUAGUCUGCAGUCCUCAAGUAUAAAAAAAAUCAAAUCAUUUGUAAUGUGGGCUGGACUUGUUGUAAUGUAAGAAACCUGUUUAAUCAAAGUACAAUUUGCUUGCAGAACUUCCCUGAUAGUGGUGGCUUUUAAGUGCCAACGUACCCCAUCACAUUAGGACUUCUGUGAGUUUUCUGGCACAGUAAAUUUACCCAAACGAUGAUAUAUUUCUACAAAAAAAGAAAACAUUCCACGGUGAAAAAAAGAAAACAGCACAUCACUGAUAGAUGUCACACUUUUCUCUUCAUGCUUUAUGAUCACAGACUUGAGAUUUUCGCUCAUCUUACUUUGAAUGCAUCAUUUAGUAUUCCAAAAGCUGCGUUGAAUGUUGUUGAUAUUAAUUCUAUUAAAUAUGAAAAAAAAUGGAUAUAUAUGUAUUGUUAUCAUAUGAUUCUGCAUACAGUUUAAUUUGCAUUUGGUUUGUUGUAGCGCCCUCUUGCUGUACUGUAUCUUGACACUGGGAACUCUGUAGAUCAAAACCUCCACUGCUGUCUGUUAAUAGAUAAGAUAUAUUAGUGCUGUAGGUCUUCAUUUUGUUCUGGUGUUAAUGAAAAAUAUUUUUUGUUUGAAAACAGGGGUGAUUAUUCUAUUAGUGGUUU